GUAAGUCAGAGAGGAGUGUGAAGCCCAGACAAAGAACAAGACGUCAAAAUAACAAGUUGGAUUUACCGGCAGCAACUGGCAACGCAGUUCUGUCUCUGUGGGCUCUAGUGUGGCAUCUAAGGAGUGGUAGCUGAUUGCAGUCAGGAUGAAGCUGGCAGUCUCGUGGUUUUGCAUUCUGCAUUUGGCCUUUGUUAGUGCUGGACUCUUCACCCGCGACGGUCUUCAAGCAGCCCACAACAAUUUGUCUGGCAGCAGGGCCCAUGCCCCUCAGAGCACAGGGUCUUUGAACCAAGGCAGACAGAGACCACUGUUUGCGAGGCGAGGACAGUAUGAACGACAAAGGAUUCAUGUGCCGAAGCCCAAAGUGGUCCCUGUUCCUCCAAAAGAUCUUCCCACUCCCUCUAAAGUGGCGCCCAAACCUACGAAGUUCAACUGCUCUGAGCUCACACAAAGCUGUUUGCCUCAGUCUGGCUGUUGUGACCCAUGUGCCUCAUGCCACUGCCGCUUCUUCAAUGCCAUCUGCUUCUGCCGGAGAACAAACUCGUUUUAUGAGAAGAAAACUUAAAGAACACCAGUGCACCAAAGCCGAAACACAAAAUAAACUCUCACUACAGGUCUAUGAACCAUAGACUGUAUAUAAAGAUGGACAACAUGACAGCUCUCCAAAAGUGAAGCCAAAACAUCUCAUUCGCCCUCUGGUGGCUGACUGAAGUAUAGGUCAUAAACUCUGCCCGCUCUGUGUUAGUGGAUGGGACAUGAGCCAAACUAAAAAAAACUACAUGUCAGAUACAUUUUCCAAAAGAUGGUUUCUGUUAUUUUAUAUAGUUGUCAUGCUGAUGUAUGUUCAAGUGUUAAUUUUUCUGAUAAGUUUGGUUUUAAUUAUUUGUUUGAUGCUAUAAAAAUGGGGUGUGACAUCAUGAUUGACUCCGAGUGAAGUAGUUAUUGACGCACCUCUUCUUGUUUUUGUAGGAAUUGUAUGUAGAGUAGAAAUGUUGAGAGGAGAUGUAACUUUAACUUUCCAUUACCGUGGUUGUCUGUUUCAAACUGCAGCUACAAGCUUUUUAUGGAGAGGGGCCCUCGAUACCGCAGUUCCACUACUGCGUAGGCUCUGGCUCUAAAUGACAUUGACCUGAUAUUUUGGCUUUAUUUUUGCAAAGUGGGAAGAAGACUUGUCCAUCUUUAUGUACAGUCUAUGCUUUGAACAUAGAUUAUUACCCACCUAUUACCCACGCUGCCACAAUUUUAUUAUAGAAGUUUAUCCAACACACAGGUUGAUGCACCAUAUGGAUGGGAAAUAUGCAUCAUCUUACAAAAUCAGCCUCUCAAGACACAUUUGAAGGAGUUUAAAUAUAGGCUACCUCUUGUAAAAGGCAGCUGCGUGGAAAACCUAUCCACAAUACACUUAAGCUUAAAUAAUCCUAAAUGUUUUAAUUCUUAUGUGAAUUCCUUUGAACAACAGUUGCUGUAUAUUAUCAGUAUUAUCAUUAUCAUUAUUUGUUCUCAUUUUGAUACUGCUGACAUUGUUGCAUCUCGCAGUGUUUCAGCACCAGUGUGAUUACACAUACAGGUUUUGUAACUAUGUUUUUUUUUAUGUUACUAACCUCUUGCAAAUGAAUUCAUACUACUUGGGCUCUUCAGUUUUUUUACCUGCAGUCUUGUGUCCUCUUUGAGAAUAGUAAUGUGUGUUUGACACAAUCACUGCAGCCUUAUUAAGUGCUAAGUUAUGAGCACAGGCACAAACCCCAUAGUAAGGUAAACACACUGCAUGACAGUAAUGCGCAAGCUAAUGGUAUGAAUAAUAGCAUUCAAAGUAUUUAUUGUUAAUAUGUAUGUAUAUAUAUAUAUAUAUAUAUAUAUAUAUAUAUAUAUAUAUAUUAAAAAGCUGUUUUAAUACCCUACAGGAAAUGUUUAACCUGAUUGUGGCAGAUGAUUGUUAAACGAACAGUGUGUUCUCGCUGCGUCACAUCUAGUGCCUACCUCCAUAGCUGCUAGAACUUCCUCAAAAGAAACUAAUUGGUCUGAUACCACUCUGCCGGCCACAAAUGCAUAGAUUGAAGUCUUGCAAAAUGGAUUCUCACGUGUCCCCUGCCUGGCAAGGUUGAGAAAUGUUAGCAGCAACUGCAAAUUAGCAGUUCAGUAUUACAGUAAUACUCUGGUGUUACAGAAACUAUGUUACAAUGUUGUUAACAUUCAUAACUGUGGGUCUACUAAGUAUAAGUAAUAUGUGUACAUAUUAAAUAAAUUGUUUGCCAUUAUUGGGAAAUAUGCACAUCCAAAGAUAAUAAAAUCUAUCUACCAGCAUCAA